CUUUCACCUCUCACUUCAACCCUAAUUGAACCUGUUCCUUUCAUUCCUCUUCUCGUCUGCGGCUUGAAGCUUCUGGGGCUGAAGUUGCGACAUAUUAACAAGAGUAAAGCACCGACAGAGUGGCCACUUGGAACCCUCCAUUUCUGCCAAAGCUUUCAAAAUUAGGGUUUACAUUAUUUCAUUUAUUUGCCAUCUUACAGAAGUUUUUUGGUUGAGGAUUGAAAACAAAAUAAUUGCAGGUAUCAGUGAUUCACCAUGACGGUCAAUUUGAAUCCAUGGGCAAAGGAGUUUUUUCCUCCUUCACAAUACAGUUUUGCAUACCCUCUCCUUCCACUUCCUCCAUCUCCACCCUCUUUUCUUCCCCCACCAACAGUGAAUACGCCCACACCCAUAUCUUACAAUAUUUUCUCUCCACUGCAGCUGCAAAUGAAUUAUAUGCCACCAAUAUCUCCACCGAGUUUCCCUGUGAUGGGUUGCCCCAUUCCUUUUCCUCCUGUGAAUACUCACUUUCCUUGUGAAAUAAUUAUAGACCCUCUGCUGAACAUUUCGGUUUGCCCUUCCCAGCAAGGUUUGAUGGCCUCUCCACAGCCACAGCCACAGCCGCAGCCGCAGCCUUGUGCAGGUGCUCAUUCUCGCAGCCUGCUUCUCACUUGUGUCCCACCUCAGCUUACUGAAGAAGAUCUCCGCAGGAAUUUGAGAACCUGGGGUCCCAUUAGAGCACUCCACCUGCAGAAAAAAUACGAAGGUGUUGUGAUAGUGGAUUACUUCGACCUCAGACAUGCAAACGAAGCCCUAGCUGAUAUACAGCAAGGAAGGCAGUUUAUUGGUCGCGGUUGGGGAAUGAAAGGAGGAAAAUCAAUAUGUGCUGAGUAUGCCAGACCCACAGCCCAGAACCAGGGAACGCUUGUGGUUUUCAAUCUGGAUGCCACCAUGUCUCCGCACUGUAUAAGAUCCUACUUCCAACGAUAUGGAGCUUUGAAGGAAGUAAGAGAGUCUCCCUUAAACAGGCAGGUCAAAUUUGUAGAGUUCUUCGACGUAAGAGAUGCCUGUCGAGCCCUAGAGGCCCUGGACGAGACAGUAAUUGGGUCCAAGCCUGUGAAAAUUCUCUUCAGUCAUCUGGGUAGCCGAGCUCUUAGAGGCGCCUCCACUUCAUACAAUCGCCCUCCUCGACAACAGCAUAUAUAUAACUUUAAAUGGAUUAAUGGCAAACAAGCAUGCUCAUACCAAGCUGGUGUAACUAACAUCCUCCGAGAUCAGACAAACAUGGCUACAAGUAUAGAAGGUUGGGCCGCCGAUAGCAUUCCCAAUGGUGAGACAGGAUCAUUCCCUGAAAUCACAGGGGAAAGCUUCACCCAAUUUGCUUUUGACGAGGAUGAAGCACUAUCGAACAGUGCACAGGCUAGAACAACUAUAAUGAUAAAAAACAUUCCCAAUAAAUACGAUCUGGAUAUGAUUCUAAAAGUGCUUGACAGCCACUGCAUGCAGUGCAAUGAGCAGAUCACGGGGGCUGAUGAAUCUUUCUCAGAAUAUGAUUUUGUUUAUUUGCCUAUAGAUUUCAAGUAUGUUAAUAUAUUAGAUGACUAUUUUCCAUUGACUUUUCUUUUAAAUUAUUGGGCUAUAAAAGCGGGCAACUAA